AUGAACUCUUCUUUGUUCGCCGAUCCCCUUUGUUUGACUUCCACCUUCAUAUGGGAUGGCCAACAGGCCGGCCACCUAGAUGCAUUCAUAGACCCGUUUUCAUUCUUUCACUCUUCAUCGGCGCGUGCUCUGUCUUCUGGCUUCUCACCUCUCGAGCCGUUGCCCCUGGGGAAUGUUUCAGCUCCGUGGCCUACACUUGAGCACUCGCUUCCUCCGAUAACCACCCACUAUGGGCAGCCUUCUCCACCCUCGCUUUGCCGGUCAUAUCGUAGCGCUGGUGCAAUGCAUGGCUCUCGAUUCAUGCCGUAUCCCUCUCCUGCCUGCCAGUGGUCAAAUUCGUCGUCCUCGGUCAAUUCAUCCCCAGACCCUCUUUUCAGCGCCAUGGCGGAUGUCGGUCUUGAUUCCACCUCCAUCUCUCCGGAAUCCGCGGUAUCCUCGCCCACGAGCUCAAUCUCCAGCUUCACACCGCGCAUGGUGCAGGUCAGCGAACCGGUCCCUCUCCUACCAUGCGGCUCGAAGACAUGUCCAUUUUGUGAUUUUCCUUUCAAACGCAAGGCUGACCUUCACCGGCACGUCAAAUCCCAUUACCCACCAGAUUAUAAACCCUUGUGCGGCGGUCUUCCGCUUGGGGAGGCUAUCAAGGCUGGGGUGGAUCUGGAGACUGCGAACAUGUGGGAAUUCGAGGGUGUGGUGUAUGCUGGUGGCUGCAUGUCCGUUUUCAGCAGGACGGACUCGUUGAAGAGGCAUUUGAAGAACUCGAGGAAAGAUGUGUUGCAGGGGAAGAAGGCGAAUUUGUGCGUCGCAUCCAUCUACACCCCAUACAAUGUCGCACGUCUGCGGAAACAUUAA